AUUUAAACGGCAGCCUGACAGAGGGAGGGACAGAAGCAGCUUCUCGAAACAGCUUGCUGGUUCCUUCUCUUCUGGCUAGAGAGGGCAUCUGCGGCAGGCAGUCCUUUCCUGAAAUCCAGCUUGCUUUUUUACAAGGCUGACUUGCAGGUCCUCGAACUUUGCUGGCAGAGGGGAAAAGAGAGAGAAACUGACCAUGUUGCACGCGCAUCUGGAACGCAGCAGUGCCAGGCCUCUUCCUGUAGUUAUCAUAGGAAACGGCCCCUCGGGGAUCUGCUUGUCAUACCUACUGUCUGGUAACAUUCCGUAUGUCAGAAGAAGCUCUGUUCAUCCAAAUUCCAUUCUACAAAGGAAACUGGAAGAAAUACCCGAGGUUUCCAUCUUAGAACAGGAUACUGAGUACCUAUCAGAAGGCUUGGAAGGGCGAUCAUCUAGCCCAGUUGCUCUCCUUUUUGAUGCUCUGCUGCGUCCGGAUACUGAUUUCGGUGGGAUAGCAGAUUCAGUCCUUGCUUGGUGGCACCAACCUGAGAGGGCUGUUCCUCAUCUGGUUCUUGGCAAAAACCUUCCUGGAGGAGCCUGGCAUUCCAUCGAGGGAUCAAUGUUCACACUGAGCCAAGGAGACUGGAUGGGGCUUCCUGACCUCCAAUUCAAAGACUGGUUAAGCAAGAAGAAAAGAGGCUUCAGAAAUAACAGGGCGACUGCUGGAGACAUAGUUCAGUAUUACCAGUACUAUGUAGCAAAGAAAGGGCUAAAGAAGAAUUUCCUUUGUGGAGCUCUUGUGACGUCUGUGAAAAAACUGAGCAUGGACGUAGACUCCAGCUACGGCCAUCGAGAUUCAAGGGACUCCAGCACCAUGUGGAAGCCACAAGCCAUCCCCCAAGAUGACAAUGGAAGCUUCUUCCAGAUUGAUGGGUUUGUCACGACUGUCAACGGUACUCAGCCCUUCUCUGUGUAUGCGGAAAAUGUGGUUUUGGCCACAGGGACAUAUGACAGUCCAUCCUGGCUAGGGGUUAAAGGGGAGCACCUUCCUUUUGUCCACCACACGCUCUCUGCCCUCGAAGAAGCUGUGAAGAACAAGGAGGUUGGCAUGAUGUCUGACCCUAUCUUGAUUGUUGGCGCUGGACUAACUGCAGCCGACGCCAUCCUUUUUGCACACCAUUGCAACAUCCCAGUGAUCCACGUCUUUCGCAGGAGGGUCAAUGACCCGGCCCUCAUCUUCAAUCAGCUCCCCAAGACAAUGUAUCCCGAGUACCAUAAAGUCCACCAGAUGAUGAAAGAGCAGGCUAUCCCUUGCCCAGGGCCAUAUGAAUGUUAUGUCAGCCUCCCCGAGUAUCACAUAGUCUCUUUCACAGAGGACAGGAAGUGCAUUUUUUGUGAUAAGAGUGGCCACCAGAAAAUACACAACAUUUCCAUGGCUUUUGUUCUCAUCGGGUCCAAUCCUAACCUGUCCUACCUGUCCAACAAUGGCAUGGACUUGGCGGUAGACUGUGAACAGCCAGUCAGCUCCAAGAGGAACCCAAUUGACAUUGAUCCCUUUACGUAUGAAUCUGUCCAUGAGAAAGGACUCUAUGCCAUGGGACCAUUAGCUGGGGACAAUUUUGUGCGGUUUGUACAAGGUGGUGCAUUGGCCAUCGCCAGCUCUCUGCUGAAGAAAGUCAACCAAAACCCCCCAUAACACUUGCAAACAUCCCUUGGAGGAAGACUCGCGUCAGCCUUCAAAAACAGGGGACAUGAAUACAUAGAUGCCUUCCAGAUAUGAAGUCUCUCCCUUGUAGCAUUCUGUAGGUUUGCUCCAAAAUGCCGAGUCACGCAGCGUUGAAAUGCAGAUUCAAGAUGGUGAAGGCAACGUGGGGGCUGUUCAAUCUGCUGGAUGCCCAAACUUUCUUCCCAUUUUACUAGCUGGGGAGGCUGCUCUAUGCAGGCCUUGGCACACAACAAGCGGGGAGGUACAUGGUAGCAAACUGACCCCGUUAACCAUACAAAAGGUUGAUGAGGUAACUUCUGGUGUUUUUCAUCCUCAGAGUUAAAUCUGCAACAGAUUCCUCCUCAUAUAUAAACCAGUGUUCACGUUGGUUCUGCAGAUCCCUGCAAAUCUUUAAGUGCCCCAUCAAAAUACAGUUCUGAACUGCUGUGAAACAAAAGCAUCACUCAAGGAGUGCGUGGCGAGGAUCUAAAAUAACAAUUUUUUUCUAAGACGAAUUGUUGAUACACUAUCUGUGCAUGAGGGUUUUUCUUGGUCCCAUUUGGCAACAGCCCCCCUAAAGCCCCACAAAUGUUGGGGGGGUCCUUUUCAGAGGGGCUGCGGCAAAGAGGGUGGGGAGAACCAGCAAUUGCUUCUUCCCCUCCUACAUGUUUAUGAAGUGUCUGUAUGGUCUACGGACACGAACAUGCUCUUGUAGGGAAGGCUGGACUACAACAUAAACUUCAGGACAAGUUGCCCUUAAGAUAACUUGUCCUGAAGUUUAUGUUGUAGUCCAGCCUUCCCUUACCUGCUGCCCUCCAGAUGUUUUGGACUACAGCUCCCUUUGGCCACAGCAGCACAGCCAUGCUGGCUGGGGCUGAUGGGAGCCGUAUUCCAAAAUAUCUGGAGAGCACCAGGUUGGGGAAGGCUGCUGUAACUACUGUCCAUUGAUCACCUGCUCUUCUCCUUUACAUUUGUGAAGUUUGAGGAGCUUACGAAAUCUCAGCUGAAAUCUCAGGAAAUCCUUCUAUGUUCCUCUUGCGCAAUGGUGCCAACUUUAAGUCUACAUGCUGAAUUUUCAUCUAUAAAAUUAAAUGUGUUACUGAUUUAUAAUCAAAGUUUUUUUUUUAAAAAAAGAUUUUAAAAGGCGAAUAUGGAAUUUUUUAGAUGCUAUUUUUAAAUAAAACAUUGUGGUGCUUCCAAA